UCGCUGGGCCCCGGGGUCGCUGGGCCCCGGGGUCGCUGGGCCCCGGGGUCGCUGGGCCCCGGGGUCGCUGGGCCCCGGGGUCGCUGGGCCCUGUCACAGCGGGGCUUCGCCCUUCCUUCUCGCAGGAGGCGGCUGGACUACGUGAACCAUGCCCGCAGGCUGGCGGAGGGAGACUGGGCCGGCGUGGAGAGCGAUGAGGAAGGGGGGAAGGAUGGCGACGGGGCGGAGGAGGAGGAGGAGGAGGAGGAGGAGAUGGAGGUGGAUGCGGGCAGGAGGCUGCCCAAGCGCUACGCCAACCAGCUGAUGCUCUCUGAGUGGCUGGUCGAUGUCCCUGUGGAUCUGGAGCAGGAGUGGAUUGUGGUGGUGUGUCCUGUUGGGAAGAGGGCGCUGGUCGUGGCCUCCAGGGGCUCCACAGCAGCUUACACCAAGAGCGGCUUCUGUGUCAACAGGUUCCCAUCCCUGCUGCCAGGGGGAAACCGGCACAAUACAACAAGUGAGAAAGUGUACUGCAUCUUGGACUGCAUCUACAAUGAAGCAAAGCAGACGUACUACAUCCUCGAUGUGAUGUGCUGGAGGGGGCACCCUGUUUAUGACUGCCAGACUGACUUCAGAUUCUUCUGGCUUUCCUCAAAGAUCCAAGAGGAGGAAGGGCUGGGAGAGAAAAGCAGGAUUAAUCCAUACAAGUUUGUGGGCCUGCAGAACUUCCCCUGCACCUCGGAGAGCCUGUGUGAAGUGCUGACCACGACCUUCCCCUUUGAGGUCGACGGGCUUCUCUUCUACCACAAGCAGACGCACUACACCCCCGGCAGCACCCCGCUGGUGGGCUGGCUGCGCCCGUACAUGGUGCCUGACAUCCUGGGGCUGGCCGUGCCCGCCACACCGCUCACUGCCAAACCAGACUACGCUGGGCGCCAGCUCCAGCAGAUCAUUGAGAGCAAGAAGAGUAAAAAGCUGGCAGCGGGCGAGGCUGAGCCGAGGGCCGAGGCGGCUGCUAGGAACGGGCAUUACGAGCUGGAACACUUGUCCACCCCUCAGCCAGCUAACUCUGCGCAGGGCCAGGAGGAAGCAGGGAGUCAGAUGGAGAAUUAGGAGGAUGUGGCAGAGCUGGGGGGUAAGGAGGAGGAUGCGAAAGGUCCCCUGCUGUCAUUCACGCUUUCCGAGAGGGAGGCAAAGGUAAUAAUUAUAGGAUGGCUUUAUUUGAAGGGCACAAAAGUGGUGUAUCUUGCUCCGGGUGCCACUGGAUAUUUUGCCAGGGUCCUUACCAGGGCUCUCUGGUUUGCUGCAGAGGCGGUUCUGCAGCGUGAAAUCAUCAUGCUCCCAGCUCAGCCCCUGCUGCCCUGGCUUGGCCGUGCUCCCACUGGGAGCGGUGCUCGGGGUGGGUGGCUCGUGGUGCUUCAGCCUUUGCAGGCUGAGGCCUUCUCAAUGGAAGUUUUUUUUGUGGUCAGGCAGCUUCUAGUAAGAAAAGUUUGCAGCGGGCUUUUGGUAGCUCCCCAGGCAGAGCUUUCCAUGCCCACGUGUUCCUGAGAAAUGCGAUUUCCUUGCCUUGCAGGCAGCCCUGCCUCCAGCCCAGCCCCGCGUGAGCCCGCAGCCUGUGCUCUGGGCUGCUCUCGGCAGGGGGAGGAAGGAACGAUCGCGCUCUCGAAACGUUGCCAUCGAUGGUGCCAAAUAAAAGGCUUCUCAGAAAUACAAA